GUGGUUGCCAGGGUUACACAACGACUCUUCUUGCCGUUAGUGUGUUGUGUCGGUGAAAAAGUUUAACUUUACUGUGUGUAUUUUUAUUCCUGUCUUAAAAUGGAUGACUUUGGAAGUCUAGAAGUCAGGUGGAUUCAAGGUUUUACAAACAAGACCAUCGAGUUUGUCGACAACAAAACAAUAUGUUACACAUGUGGAAGUCAUAUCUGUUUCCUGAACCUGGAGACAACAAAACAAAGUGUGUUUAAGAGUCCUGGCAGAGGCAUCAGUGCACUGACAGCCAAUGACAACAAUGGGACCUUUGCUUUCUCUGAGGAAAAACUAUCCCCAUCUAUAUUUGUGUAUGUUUUCCCUGAGUUGCAGUUGAAGAAUGAACUCAAAGGAACAGCACAACUGGACUACACAUCUCUGACAUUAAGUGAUGGUGGUCCAUAUUUGGGCUGUUGUUCCUCUCUUCCAGACCACACCAUAACAGUGUGGAACUGGGAAAGCGCUGAGCCAAUUUGUACACAACCACAAGCUGGGCAGGGUGUCAUUACUUUGGUCUUCAACCCUCUGAAUUGGCUCCAGCUCUGUGCUCUGGGCACUACAUCCCUCACUGUCUGGAAUAUUGAGAAGAGUGCCAGCUUUCAUGUCCUGAAACCGAGUGUGAUUGAGCUUCCAGCAACUGAUGGUUCUUUUGUUGAGAGAUUGGUGCCCACCUCUCAUACUGCCAGCGACACAGUGCCCUAUUUUGGUCCUGAGAUGCCUCCCUCAGCCAUCUCAGGGCUCAGGGGAGACAAGGCAGAACGCAUUAUGACUAAACUGUGUACCAAGGCCAGGCUCACUCCUACUGCCAUCUGCUGGACAGCCACAUCAGAGCUUUACGUGGGCUGUGCGGAAGGCUUUCUGCUCCUUGUUGACCCAGAGAGUCUCUCUGUCUCAGUCCUCUUCAGCCCCACUACUGUUGAUGCCAUUCCUGAACUCACACAGAGCAGCUUCCAAAGUUUAACCCUUAACAAGAAUGGUUUGAUUGCUGUGGGAAAGGAGAGUGUGGUGCACUGCCUGCAAAUCAAAGAGACCAAGAUCAGCAUCACACAAACAUGGCAAUUAGAAGGACCUGUCACAAAAGUGAUGUGCUCCCCUGACUAUGAAACAUUACUUUUAUCUUCUUCUACUGGGCAAAUUUAUAUGUUGAACCCAGCCCAGUCAGAUGAGAUUGUGAAAGUCCUGGAUGUUCUCAGCGGCAUCUUUGUGGCAGCAGCUUUGUCACACAUUGACAAGAACAUUUGUGUGUCAGUGAGGGAUUCGGGACAACUGCAGCAGUGGUCCACAGAUGGCAUUUGCCUUGGUUCUUUGUCUCUUCAAGCUGAGGUGACAAGUCUGGCCUGCUGUCCUAUUGCACAAUACGCAGCUGUGGGAACGGUUUCAGGAAGUGUCCUCUUUAUUGACCUGAACAGGGCGCAGCAACCUCGCCUGGUGCACCGUAUUCAUCUCUACCACACUCCUGUGGAUCACCUAGUUUUUGAUCAAGAGGGGCACUAUCUUUUCACCAGUGCCUCAGAUUCACACAUCUAUGUACUAGAUGCAAGGCCAUCAAAGAGGUUUUCAGUCAUAGGAUACACAGUUGUUCCUGGACCCAUUUUGUCACUUUCCACUCAGUGCAUCAGGGACUGUGAGCAGGUGAAAGUUCUUGCACUGUGCACUGGACAGAAGGGCAAAAGUCAUGAUGGUAGCCUGCUCACAUUGCUCUCUCUGCCUGCGAUGGACCUUACAGGUCCAGAUUGUGUAGACCACCAUGGUUGUCUGUCUCCUCACAUCCUCAAAGUGUCCAGAUAUGAAGUGCCUCAACCACUUACAUCCUGUGUACUGGGAGACAGUGAGGUCUUUGCUUACUGCCACAAGAGAAAAACUCUUCAGUGCUUUCGGCUUCCUCAGGACACAGAUGGCUUCUCCAGUCAACAGGUGGUCCAGCUCAAGCCAGAGCAGGAAGUGAGGGGUCACCCUCUGGGCCCUGCCUCUCCCAUCCUGUCUCCACAUCAAUUAUGGCUGGCUUCUGUGGGCCAAGAUGGCCUCCUACGCAUCCGAGAAACUGCUUCCAUGGGGCGGUACACUGAACUGCAGUGUCAUUCAUGGCAUCUGGGUGGAGUUCGGAGCGUGUCCUUCUCUGCAGACAGCCAGACCCUCCUCACUGCUGGCUUUAAAGAUGGCUCUCUUGUGUGUGCUGAUCUCAGACUUAAAGGUGUAACAGCUGGUAAGGUGAAUGAAGCUACUGAGUACAGUCAGUCUAUGGAUCAUUUCUUGAAGACCAUAAUCAACACAGAGAAUCCCGUCCUCAUUAACCUGCCUGAGUGGGACCAAGAGUCUCCUGCUGGCACUGAAAAAACAGCGGAAAGGGAGGUCAGUGGUGGAGCACAGACUGUGGAUGUGACAGAGCAGGAUGAGAGUUAUAACAGCCUGCUGUCUGCUCCUCCUUCACACCCCACCUGGCUGGAGAGCAGGCGAGAGGCGGUUAUGAAAGAAGAGAAUGAGCAAUAUUCUGAGACAAAGAAAAAACUGAGGAAAAGUCUCAAAGAGUUACGUGACACUAUCCAGGAGAUGAUGCGUGAAAAUGAGAACGACCCAGAUGCCGAGCGCCUGGAGCAACAGGAGUUCAACCUGAAUAUUGAGGAGCAGAAGAGACUGGAAGAGCAGGAAGUUACUCGUGUGCGCACUGAAGUGGAAUGGGAGAUUUUAUCAAAAUGGUACCUCCGUGAUGUCCUACAGAGAGAAUGCUGGGAUUCUUUGAAGGUCAAAGGCAAGGCCAUAAAGGCCUUUCAUUCUGACCAUGAGGUGAAGAACUACCCUUUGAAGGAGCGAACAGGGAAGGAGCUGGAGGACCUUCGCAGGGUUCAGAAUACAAGGAAGACUGAAGAGGCUGCUUGCACCCAGAGCAGCGUAAAGAAAACUUCCAACACAGUGAGUGCGAAUGAGGACAAGCUUGGGGAGGAAAGCCACGAGGCAGAAAGUGCUGCUGUAACAGGAAGUUUCACCGCCAAGUUGGGAUAUUCAAAUCCUUACAUCUACAAUCAGUUCUGCCUGCAGACUACAGAGCAGAAGAUCAACCAGAUAAUUCUGCUACAGGAUGUGAUUUAUAACAUCAAGACAUCUUUCAACACUGAGUUUGACGCCGUGCACAAGCAGAAGGUGCAGGAGCUGAACCGUGUGAGAGACAGGAACAGACAAAUCCGGGACAUCAUGCUGAAGCUGGACAUGAAUGAGAAGCUGUGGGAGCCUAGCCUGACCAUCAGCGAGCAGCCAAAGAGGCUGCUCACAGUGGAUGACUCUGAGAUAAAAGCAGAGAAGUUUCUCACCCCAGAGAAGAAGGAGGAGGAGAGGAAGAAGCUGGAGGAGCAAAAACGUCUGGCUGCCGAAGGUGAUGAAGUCAGAGACAGGGCUCUGGACGACAUGAUGGAUGGAGUGCUUGAAGUGAAAAAAGAGGACAUCUUGAAAAUGGAAAUACCUCUGCCUGAGUUUGUUUUGAGCAAACCUGACAGCCAGUGGACUGAGGAGGAGAAGAAAGCCUUUAAAGAGAAUGAAAAGAAAAGCAAAGACCUGAGUGAGGAGAAGGAGAAAUACAAAAAGUCACUGGAAAAUGAAAUGAAAAAACUGCAGGCGUCCAACAGGGAUGCAACCAAAAAGUUGGAUGACACGUUGACGAAGCUGUUUGAGAAGAAAAUGAAAUGUGAAAUGACUAUUUAUCAGGAAGAGCUCAAGAUUACCUAUCUGGUUUAUUCAGUCCUCACAGAAGAUGAGAUGAGAAACCGAGAGCUGGAGCUCAAGCUCAAACUUGAAAAAACGUUGGCAUACAAGGAUGAAAUUGCCGAGGAGGUGAAGAGACAUGAAGAGGAAGUGGAAUUGUUUCAGGAGGCCUAUGACAGCCUUGUAGCUGAGGACAAAGUUCUUGACAAAGAAUUCAGGAGGGAGUUCUUUGAUGUACCAAGCAAUGUGGUUGACCAACUAUAUAAGUCAUUCAAGCGUAGACCCAGGGUUCAAAAGAUAAAGACCCAGACCGACAACAACAACUCCAGCCCGUUUAAAAACCAGCGUCUGUGUGGCUCUCUGGCUCCUGAUGCACUCGGCAAAAUGUUGAAGGCCGUGGAGGAGCUUGAUACUCCGGAGAAUGUACCAGCAGGCUUAAGCCCAUUGAUCUGGGAGAGGUUUCGUCUUGUCCGCAAAGCAAAAAUAGAGAGUGAGCAUAAGAUCAAAGUAAAAGCUCUGACUAUUGCUGAGAUGUAUGCGUUCCUACAGAAGAAGAGAGAUGAAGAGAACGCCGCUCUACAGGAAAUUAAAAAUCUCUCUGACGGACUUGAAAGUCUGCAUAAGGAGAAGCACCGUUUCCUGAUGGACAUCAUGGUCCAGGUCCUGCUCAAACAGGGCCAGGUGGAGGUGUCCACCACAGACCUGACUCCUGACUACUCUGCCUCUGUGCUCCUUCACAUGAGUGUGGUGGAGGACCUCAACAAAACCAUCAGGACGCUUGGAGAGCAGAAGGUUGCCUCCAUGGUGGAGUGCAAAGACAUCCGUAAGGGCUUCAUCCAGCUGCAGUGGGAGGACAGGAUGAUGAGGAUGCAAAUAGAGGACCUCAACACCAAGGCGAGGGACAUCCAAAAGUUAAGACUCUCUGAGAGGCAACGGGAAUAUCUCAACAAGACAGAUCAAAACAGUCGCGUGUCCAAGCAAGUUUCCACUCUUGAGAAAGAGAUGGAUUUCCAGGAAAAGACUCAUCUUAAAUAUGUGCAACAUCGCAUAAAAAAUAUCAAACAAAUUAAAAGGCAGGCGGCAAUGAAAGCUAAGAAGAACAAAACUGUAGAGGAGCAGCUACCGGACAUGCAGAUGACCGUGGCAGAGAGGAGACACGUCUGUAAAGCAACAGCUUCAGAGGAAAAUCAGGCGGCUAAAACAGAGGAGCGCUACAGAGAAAUCGUUCAGAGGAAGAACUUGGCGGACUUUGCCAGAGAGCAGGCGGAGGAUCUGGCUUUCCUCUGGGCAGAGGUCGAGCGUCUGAGGAUGAAGAACUUUCCUUCGCUCAAUCAGCUGAAACACAACUGAGCG